GCGUCGGGCGUGGUGUGGUGAUAACUUCAUUGGCAGAAAUCCACACACUAUCGGUGCUCCAGUAUCGUGCGCGCUUCAGUAUGGUAGCAAAAUGGGACACCGCAGCACAUAGUAUCGGAACGGAGUGCAUGUGAGUGCACUCUAAGUGAAUCGAGCUGGGGAACAAAGCCACCCAGGACUGUUAAGUAGGCGAGUGGUUGUUAGUGCGGUGCUAAUCAGUGGAGCACUUCAUAUCGCUUGCGUUUGGUGUGCGCUCAGUGUGUGUGUGUGUGGUUUAGUGAUUAACUGCUGCUAUCCGCCCGCAAAUGUGCAAUGUGCAACAGUGUGAAGUGUGCGCCCUAGCCUAAAGUGAACAUUCUGAUGGAUUGGUAGUGUACAGGAAGUGGGUGGCUAAAAUAUUACACCAAAAGGGCCAAAGAACAAAAAACAUCACUACCUUAAAAAAAAACAACGCGGACAUGGACUGAUGGAAUACGCCUUAGCAGAAGGAAGUUUCGUCGUAGCGUGUCGUACAGCGUACAGGUGUUAUUUAAAUAAUCCCUAAAAAAAACCCCUAAAGUUGAAUCUAGAACAAGAACAAAAAACACAAACCCAAAGGCAGAACAUUCCCGGACGAGCGUGUGUGUGUGUGUGUCUCAUCCGGCAGUUGGCCGCUUAAAGUGCACUCGACAGCACCGGCAACAAUCACCACCGUGGCUUCAAGAUGAAAGACGUCGAGUUCCAAGACAUCGAGUAUGCGGUCAACGUACGCAAAAGUUUCCUAAGUGAAAGUCACAAACGGACGAUCCUGAAGGGCGUCAGCGGUGUCUUCCGGCAUGGACAGUUAACCGCAAUUAUGGGUCCCUCAGGCGCGGGUAAAAGCAGCCUGCUGAACGCAAUCUCUGGCUAUCGUAAAUCCGGUGUCCAGGGCACGGUACACCUGAACAAGAAGGCGUCGUGCUACAUCACCCAGGAAGAUCACCAUCAACCGAUGCUGACGGUCGAGGAGUUGAUGGCGAUAGCAUGCAAGCUUAAGAUCAAAGACCAAACGGACUGCCAGGAAACGAUCACGGAGGUACUGUCCAGCCUGAACCUGAACCAUCGGCGCAAUGUAACGGCCGAGCGACUGAGCGGCGGCGAACGGAAGCGACUCUCGAUCGCGCUCGAGAUGGUUGCCAAUCCGUCCGUCUUCUUUCUGGACGAACCGACCAGCGGUUUGGACGAGGUGACGGCAGCCAACUGUGUCCGGUUGUUGCGAGAUCUUGCCCGCCAGGAUCGUACCGUCGUCUGCACGAUUCAUCAACCGUCGGCGAGCAUUUUCGCACUGUUUGACCACAUCUAUGUGAUUGCCCGCGGCCAGUGCGUGUACCAGGGCAAUCCGAAGGCACUCGUUCCCUUCCUAGCGCACCUGAACAUCGAAUGCCCUCGGCACUACAAUCCAGCGGACUUUAUUAUUGAAAUCUGUGAUAGCGACACCCAGGAACUGAUUCCCACGCUUGCCGACGCGAUGCAGAAUGGAAAGUCGAUCUGCUCCGAGCUGCAGUUAACGGGGGCCGGUGCUACCAGCUCCGGACCCGCCUCGAUCUCCUCCGAGCACGAACCGUCCUCGCUGGAGCCGGUCGGCGAGUUCGUCCUGAAACCGACCGUCACCUCGAUGGUACUGGACCGACAGGGCCCGCACGUCAGCACGCUGGUGCAGAAGAUGAAACAGAUUACGCGCUUCUUUCACAACCGGCACGCCGUGUCCGGGUUCGUCCAGUUCUGGGUACUGUUCCGGCUGAUGUGGACCAAAAUCAUACGCAACCGGACAGUGCUGUGGAUUCAGCUUGUACAUCACAUUGCGUGUGGAAUAUUUAUCGGCCUUAUUUUCCUGAAUGCAGCCAACGACGGUGCACGCAUGUUCGAUCAUCUUAAGUUCUGUCUUGGAGUGUGCUUUUUCUUCUGCUACACCCAGGUCAUGGUACCAAUUCUGAGCUAUCCGCGAGAAGUGAAGUUGGUAAAGAAGGAAUGCUUCAACCGCUGGUACGGACUGUUUCCUUACUAUCUUGCCCUAACACUGUCCCGGCUGCCCGUACAGCUGCUGCUCAACAUUGUGUUCACCCUGCUCGUGUACUGGCUGUCGGGUUUGCCACCAGAGCUGUUCCGCUACUGCCUGUUUGCGCUCGUCGGCAUCAUCGUUUCGCUGUGUGCGGAAGGAUUUGGCCUCAUGAUUGGUGCCACCUUCAACGUGAUGAACGGUUCCGCCAUUGGACCACUAACGAUAGCACCAUUCCUUGGGUUGGCCAUCUACGGGUUCGACUUUGCCCCACAGAUACCCGUACUCAUGCAGUGGCUGAUGCGUGUGUCCUUCAUCCGUGGUGGUGUCGUGUCGGUCGUGCUGGUUGUGUUCGGCUACAACCGGGCCCGGCUCGAAUGUGACGAGAUGUAUUGCCACUUUGACGAUCCGAAGGUUCUGCUGCAUUACGUACGCAUCGACAACACCACGCUACUGUUCGAGCUUACCAUCCUGAUCUCGAUGACGCUCUUCUAUCGGCUGGUGUGCUACCUGAGCCUGCGGAGACGGUUCUACAAGUAACAGGACGACGUUGCCGUUCGUUUGAGCCCACGUGACGCAAAAACCACAAUGUGAUCCUAUCGAUAACGGUUGACCGUAUCGAGAGUUUUAAUUUUUCUUCGUUUUAAGGCUAAGCCAACUAUCUCCUCAUGCGUUGGUUGGGUUUCACUUACAAUCGUGCGUGUAACUUUUGCGCGACAAAAACACUGACCCAUUAACGCAUCCAAGACUUCCAUCUACAGUACAGUAGCGAGCGCUAGUGUAAGAGACUUUGUAUCUUUCCUUUUGUUUUCUUUUUAUCGUAGAUUAUAGUAGGGACAGGGGUUUUUACUAGACGAAUCCAAAGUACUAUUGACAAGCAAAGGAAGGUCUCUCUGGAGGGCGGAAGGACAAGGGACAUGGGACAAAUUUUUACAAGAGAGACUACUCAAUACUAGCAGGAGCUAAAGUAGCACAACAUUCCCAGUAGUAGCUGGUAGGGCAAAGGCAAUAGGCAAACUUCUUUUAUUUACGAUUAAACGUAGAAGCAAAAAAACAGCAGUUCGGGAAUGUGUGCUGCACCGCCGUCAAAAUGCCGUCAUUCUUCACCCACUGGUUUUGUAUCGUUUCUGUUAGAGUUUAAGGUGUAGCUUAUUAAGCGUGUAGUGUAGAGCAGUGUAUGUGUGUGGUUCAGCAGGAUAUAAGCUAGUGAUGAUACCUUUUUUUACAUGAAAAACAAACAAAAAUCUGUACUUACAAAAAUGCGACAGCAAUAAAUGAUCAAUUGGUCCGUUUUUUCGACUUUUGGAA